UCUAAUUGAAGAGCUUUGAUAGAACACAGGAAAUGCCUACCUCAAGCCAAGCUAUGAUAUUGCGAAGUACUGACUCAGUCCGAUCUCCGGCACCAAUGGUCAGUUAUAAAUUUAUUACACCAUUGAGUAAAGUCCGAACUUCAUACCAAGAUGCCACUUUAAAAUUGUCGCCACCACCAACAUCCCUUGGUGGAGGCGAACGUGUUCAGUUUGACAUAAGUGUUUGUGCUAACCAUGAUCUCGCGAUAGACGGUUUUGAGGGCGUGUUUGCUUAUGACCAGAAGACCAAGUCAUACCGCUGGCAGCUUUUCACCGUGUCUCCAAAUGGAAGAACUGAGUUUACCAUAGAUAAACAUGAAAGUGGCGACUAUGCGAAUGAAGAAACGAGUGAGACUGGUAAUUAUAUAAUGCAACAGUCAUCGGAAUGUAACGGUCAUUUUACUACACCUGCAGAAAGUCUAGUCGACUUUGACCAAACGCAUAAAGUCAGUCCUAGAGGAGAAUUCGAGCGUAUGGACGACGCCGCUUAUCGUCGAUUAGAGGAAUUAGGUUUCCGGCGCAGGACAGCUUGCACGCCUGGAGGGUCUCUUGCUCAUGUGAACCAAGUGGCACCGAUUGUCCGGAAAAAACCACAAAAGAGCUCAUCGGCGAUUGUAGAAUCUAACCGUGUUCCCAAAUUACCUGUGAGGAAUUUGGACAGAGACAUUACCAUGAAACCGAAAAAUACGCCAAAGGAUACUUCCUACUUCCCGCCACGGGCUUUCGUAUGCGGGGAGUCUAUGAAAAGAAGAGCUCAACCGACAAAACAAAAGUCCUUGUUAGAGGAGGUGAAAGAAUCCGUCAACUGGGCAAACAGAGUCACGCCUUCUACACAUCUCAAGAACGCGCCAAGACAGAACCUGAAGAGUGCCGUCUGCUUCAGUCUUCGUGACAGUUGGAAGUAUGAUCACGUGCAGGUCAAGCGUCUAGUCGAAACCCAGAUACAGUGUGAGGUGAAAACUCUUCAGUUUGACCCAGUAUCUGUUCGAUCAGCAGACGGUAGCGUCCUUGACCGCUGGAUUGUUACCUUCGGGUCAAAUAGAGACUGUUCCCGUGCAGUAGAGAACGGACUGUCAGUGGAUGGGGACAAGGUGGUGGUUCGAUCCUGGGACGAGAUCGUGCGGGAGGAAUACUGUGACGAUUGGGAGUAUCCGUGUAACUACAGAUUGUCGUCUGCUAAACAUGAAAGAGCUCUACGGAAGUUCCUCCAGGUGCACUGAUCUCCCUCCAAAUACGCAUUUUUUCUCUUCAUUUUGGUACCUGUUAUGCACAGCUCAGUGAUAGUUUCGAUGAAUUUCCCAAAAACGCUUGAUAUUUGCGAAGUAUUACACAGGUUUACAUACAUUAAGUUCCUAAAAUCUUGUCAGUAUUUCUUCAACCUAGUUUAAUGGACGAGGGACAUUAUGAAACACGUUACAUUUUCACCUAGUGUCAGUAACGAGUUUCUGUCCUGUAAAAAGUCCGAUUCUUUCAUUAUUACAUAAUACAUGUUUGACUAUGGAUAUUCCUUCUGGCUACCUGUUUUUUUUUGGUAAAUAAAAGUGUAGACGUCAACAGAUAUUCAACUUAAUUUAGGAAACCUGCAUAGGGCAGCAUUUUGUACGAGCUUUUUACAGCAUGUUAUCAUAAACGAUAAUUACUAUGUGACAAUAUAUUUAGACAUCUUUAUGUACAGACCACUACGAUAGACCCACGUGCCGAUAGAUUUCGGUAAUUUCAGAUAUAGGUCAUCUUUGUGUACUCACCAUGAGAAGGACGUUCGCUCACUGAAAUGUAACAACAAGUACAUUGAUAUAUUUUUUUUUCCUUUAUUAUAUUUUAUAUUGUAAUACAAAUAAAUAUUUGUACGAUGGUAAAACGAAAGAUGGUUACAUAUAAACGAAAAAAAAAACAAACAAUAGUCAACAUGUGUGUUUCCUACAACUCUGAAGUAAAAUGAUAAACUGAACAUUGUUGUAGUUUAUUUACUGUACAUCAUGUCAUCAAGAAUAAUAAAGUAUCUUAGAGUUUUUCUUAAAAUAAUUAUUCAUUGAUUUGAACAUUUUACAAUCUGUCGGACUCAAAAACUUUAUCCAACAAAUAGUAUUCCGAAUUGAAUGCAAACAAAACCCCGACUUACUUUUGACCUGCAUGUGAAAUAAUUUACAGCAACCAUAUACGAUCAGGCUUUUUUGUCUUUUCUCAUAAAAGUUUCAAGUAAAAAUGGUUUACAAUUAUUUUUUGCUUAAAAACCUCUUUUCAUGACGUCCUGGCAUUAUACUAACAGGAAAAACGUUCUCAAAUCAACUUGUAUGAAAAUUUAUUAUUUUUGAAAUUGUAUUCAUUUCUACUGAAUUAUUCAACGAUAUCCUGUUACUGUCAUUGUUGUAAUAAAGAGAUCAUUUAAAAACAUUGAAUACAUGAA